AGUAUAUCGGAGUUCGGCUCGAUACAUCCAUGCCCUAUUGAGAGGCAAACGCCAGGGAGCAAACCGCCAGCAGCCAUGGCGGACUUCGACAGGAGUUGUUUAACAGAGACUCUGGUUGUCCCGAUUUCUCAAAAAUGAACUCGUCGGCAUGAACCGUGGAAUCAGUCCAAGAACGCUACAGGGUGCUGUCCAGAAGAUGGCCAGAGGAAGAUACAAGGAUAACGCUGACAUUUCGAUAGAGACGAUUGUAGGUGCAGGCCCAAAGCUGCUCCAGUAUCUGACCACAGUCUUCAACAGCAUCUCAAGAUAAUGCUGAAUUCCUGAUGGCUGGCACGUCACGUUCUUCACGCUGUUCUGAAAAACAGGUGGCCUGACAGAACCAGCUCAUUGGCGUCCGAUUGCGACUUUACGUGUGCUGUACAAGCUGUUCGCGAUGGUCUUGCAUGGUCGGCUUAAACAGAGCUAGCAAGGACAACGAGCAGACGCAUUCAUGGGUUUCAUGUUGGGCAGGGGCGCGGAGGAUGCUUCCUUCAUCUCUGAAAUUGCACUCGCGAGGCCGAUCGAAUUCCAAAUGCCGGGGCUCUCCGAAGCUCUUGAGGUAGAGGGUGUAUAUCGUCCAUACUCCGCACUCUUGACAGAGAUCAGCGGCGGCUAGAUGGGCACGCUGAAGAAUCAGCGGCUCUUCGAUCUCCGGUUGGGUGUUCAACACGGUGACGUUCUGAGUCUUUUGCUCUUCAACGUUGCUUCAGAGCUUGUCGUGAGAAGACGGUCGCGUCUUCUGAGCUCCCACGGAAUCAAGAUCGAGCCCGGUCUAUAUGGUCAUCGUGUGACCAACAUAAAGUUCGCCGAUGAUUUAUAUCAUCAUACACGCCACCAGUCUGAACGAAUUGACGUCAAUGCUAGAGUAUCUCGCCGAAGAGCUUCACCGUGUCGGCUUAGAGCCGAAUGCGAAGAACAGCUAAACAAACAUAUAUAUGUAUGUGUAUCUAUAUAUCUAUAUGUAUAUAUAUAAAUAUAUAUUCACUUUGGACAGAGACUUCGUCCAAGGUUGCAGACCAACAUUUGUCGACGUUUCCAGCGGUCUCAUUGAGGUCGCCAGGGAAGGCGAUUUCCACGUGUACCUGGGCAGCAAGUAUCUGGGCAACUUGAAGACCACGGGAAAGACGAUCUUGGCAAACCAGCUGUGCUGCGCAUGGGCGCACUAUCACGCGCUCCCGUCUGCUCUGACCAUCUGGCACGUGGAUCUGCUUCUCAGAUUCCGCCUUUUUGACGGCAUCGUCGCGCCAACUGCGCAGUAUGGUCUCGCGACAGCUUCCCUGACUGCUGCCGGCUUCGACAAGUUCGCUUCCACGCGGAGACAUGAUGGGUGGCAACGUCAACCACGACAUCGAUGAAUGGUCAGACGUGUACAGGCCGGUUUGAGACAAAUGUCCACAAACCAUACAGCGCCGAUCUAUUCGCUUAUGGGCAGAUGAAUGGCGCAAGUUGAAGCA